AUGCGUGUUGCCCCCAGUGAGCUGCAGUUACUCCUGAUGGGAAUGGUUUGUAUUACAGAGUUUCAUGCGGUACCAUCUACUCUUCAGAAAGAUCCGAAGUGUGGGCAGAAAGUUCAAGAGGCAAAACCAUGGAGUUACCUUAACCUUUUCACUCGGAUUGUUGGGGGAAACCAGGUGAAACAAGGCUCACACCCAUGGCAGGUUUCCUUGAAACGAAGGCAGAAGCAUUUCUGUGGAGGCACCAUUGUUUCUGCUCAGUGGGUGGUCACGGCAGCUCACUGCAUCUUAGACAGGAACCUACUCCAGUACUUGAAUGUCACUGCAGGAGAGCAUGAUUUGAGGAUCAGGGAGAAUGGCGAGCAGACCCUCCCUGUUAAAUAUGUCAUUAAGCAUCCAAAAUUUGACCCCAGAAGGCCGAUGAACUAUGACAUUGCCCUUCUGAAGCUGGAUGGAGCCUUCAGCUUCAGUUCAUCAGUUUUGCCAGCAUGUCUUCCUGAUCCAGAUGAAAAGUUUGAAGCAGGAUAUAUCUGCACUGCUUGUGGUUGGGGCCGUUUAAAUGAGAAUGGACUACUCCCUCAGGUCUUGUAUGAAGUCAAUCUACCAAUCCUAAGCAGUAAGGAGUGUUCAAGAGCAUUAUCAACUUUAAAGAAACCCAUCCAAGGUGACACUAUAAUGUGUGCUGGAUUUCCAGAUGGAGGAAAAGAUGCCUGCCAGGGAGACUCGGGAGGCCCUCUUUUGUGUCGAAGUAAGCAUGGUGCCUGGACUCUCGCUGGUGUGAUCUCCUGGGGGAUGGGAUGUGCUCGUGGCUGGAUAAGUAAUGAGAAGAAGAAACAUUACAACAGAGGAUCUCCGGGAAUAUUCACAGACCUCAGCGUGGUGCUUUCCUGGAUGCAAGAGAACAUGAGUGCUG